AUGGGCAAACUUAUUCGACUGGAACUUUUCAACUUCAAAUCUUACAAGGGCCACCACACCCUCUUGUUUGGAGAUGCUUACUUUACAUCAAUCAUUGGCCCUAAUGGGUCUGGCAAGUCGAAUUCCAUGGAUGCGAUCUCCUUCGUUCUAGGAAUUAAAUCCUCACACCUGCGAUCUACGAAUCUUCGCGAUCUUGUCUACCGUGGCCGUGUCUUACGCACUUCCAAAAUCGAUGUCGACGGAGAGCCUAUCGCCAACGUGGAAGAGGGCCAAGAGGGAGAUGACGAGGAUGUGGAUGCUUCACAAGAUGCAGGCGGCAAGAACGAUCCCAGAUCCGCCUGGGUCAUGGCAGUCUACGAAGAUGACGCCGGUGAGGAGCAGCAAUGGCGCCGAUCCAUUACCAGUCAAGGUGUUAGCGAGUAUCGCAUCAAUAACCGAAUUGUGACCGCCCAGCAAUACAACGAGGCUUUGGAGGCAGAGAACAUUCUAAUUCGAGCGCGCAACUUCCUGGUAUUCCAGGGAGACGUCGAGGCCAUUGCUUCGCAGUCCCCCCGAGACCUCACCAAGUUGAUUGAACAGAUCUCUGGCAGUUUGGAGCACAAGGCCGACUAUGAGAAAUUGAAGGCCGAGGCCGAAGAAGCCGCCGAGCAACAAACCGUUCAACUCAACCGUCGCCGAGGCAUCAACUCCGAGGUCAAGCAAUACCAGGAGCAGAAGCGAGAGGCUGAGAGCUUCGCGAAGAAGGCCGAGGAACGUGACCAGGCUAUCAUCACCCACAUCCUGUGGAAGCUCUUCCACUUCCAGCGCCUGAUCGAUGCAUCUAGUGCCGACAUUCAGAAGUACCAGGACGAGCUCAAGGAAUACCGCCGAGGUGUUGAGAAGUAUGAAAACAACGUCGAGGAUGCCAAAAAGGAGCAUGCUCGCGUUGGUCGGGAUGUCGGGAAAGUUGAGAAGAACAUUUUGAAAAAGGAGAAGGAUAUCGAGGAGCUCAACAACUCCUUGGUCCCCAUUGAUGAAAAGGUCGAUAUUACACAGAGAAAGGCUGAGCGCUACGGGACAAAGAUCACUGAAAUCGGCAAGGAGCGUUCGGCCCAAUCUGAUAACGCCAAGCAACUCGAAAAAAACCUGAAGCUUGUAGAGAAAGCUCAGGGCCAAUGGGAAACCGAAUGGAAGAACACCACCAGCAAGACGGGCGGCCAGCUGAGCGAAGCUGAUCAGCUAGAGUACCACGAGCUCCGUGAGGAGGUCAGCAAGCGAUCAUCCGCUGAUCAAUUGACUCUUGACAACCUGCGCCGACAGCGAAAAACCGAGGCCGAAGCUGUAAACAGCUUGAAGGGCAAAUUCGAAUCCACCGAGUGGCAGCUGAAGAACCUCGAGUUUGAUGCGUCAAAUAUGAACGAGCGCAAGUCGACUCUCAACGAUACCAUCAAGACAACUUCGAAGGAUAUUGACCGCAAGAAGAAGGAGCUGAAUGCUUUGACAUCCGAGCGUCUCAAGGUUUCGCAGAUGCGAACAGAAUGGGAGGAGAAGCUUCAGGUAGUCUUGCGAAAGCUGCUUGAGGCGGACGAUGGAAAGAAGCAAACCGAAAGAGACAUCCGGGCCAAAGAGCUGAUUUCAACUCUGAAGCGCAUAUUCCCUGGUGUUAAGGGCCGUGUCAGCGACCUCUGCCGGCCCAAGCAGAGGAAGUAUGCCGACGCAGUUAGCACUGUGCUAGGCCGCCACUUCGACGCGAUCGUGGUGGACAAUGAAAAGACCGCCAAGGAAUGUAUUCAGCAUCUUCGAGACCAGCGCGCCGGCCAGGCCACCUUCAUCCCGCUUGAGACAAUCCAGGUCAAGGCUUUCAACUCCAGCCUGAAGGGUAUGCACCGCGGAAUGCGUCCUGCUAUCGAGACUGUUGACUACGAUGAUUCUGUCGCGCGUGCUAUUAGCUACGCCUGCGGAAACUCUAUUGUCUGUGAUGAUCUGGCCACAGCCAAGCACCUGUGCUACGAGAGAAAUGUCGACGCAAAGGCAGUCACCCUAGAUGGUACCGUCAUACACAAGGGCGGUCUUAUGACCGGUGGUCGAGGCCCUCAACAAAAUAACUCUAAGCGUUGGGAAGACUCCGAAGUGGAGAAUCUUCACAAGCUCAAAGAUAAAAUCAUGAGCGACCUUGCCAACCUCCCCAAGGCCCACCGCCGAGGCUCCGAAGAAGAGACUCUUCAAGGCGAGUUGGUCGGUCUCGAGCAACGAUUGAACUAUGCCCGCGACGAGCUGAAGGCCCUUGAAAGGAACAUCGAGAGCAAGGGCAGCGAGCUCGACUUCGUUAAGCGCCAGUUGCAAGAUCUGCGUCCCAAGUAUACUGAAAGAAAGGAGACUCUGGAUGAAAUGGAUGAGACCAUUGAAGGCUCGCAAGCCUCAGUUAGCACCGUCGAAGAUGAGAUCUACCGCAAGUUCUGCAAGCGUCUCGGCUAUGACAACAUUCGCGAAUACGAAGCACAGCAGGGCUCCUUACAGGAGGAGGCUGCACAGAAGAAGCUUGAGUUCACAACGCAGAAGAGUCGCAUUGAGAACCAGCUCAGCUUCGAGAAGCAGCGCAUUCAGGCAACAGAUGACCGUAUCAAUGGCCUGAAGGCUCAAUACGAGCGUGACAUGAGUUUGAUCGAGGAGCUCAAGAGUCAGCAAGAGGAAAUCCGCAAUCAACUGGAUGAGUUUAGUGCCGAACUUGACCUUUUGCGUGAAAAUCUCGAGAAGCAGAAGAAGAUUUAUGCGCAGUCAGCUGAGAAUCUGGCCGACCAGCGACGAGAGCUCCAGAAGCGCAGCAAGCAUGUUGAAGGUGCACUCAAGAAUAUCAACGGCCUCGAAGCCGAAAUUCAACGGAAUUCAUCUAGCCGAUACGCUCUUCUGCGACGAUGCAAGCUCGAAGAUAUUGACGUUCCGUUGACGGAUGACUCUAACUCCCUGGACAAGCUUCCUAUCGAUGACCUGGUGCAGGCCGCUGAUCCAGAUGCUAUGGAUGUUGACGAGGCUGAUGGUUUGGAUGAUCAAGGCCCCGUGGUACAGGACUAUGGCAUUGAGGUUGACUUCGAAUCACUGGGAGACUCUCUCAAGGAGUCGGCCGAAGAGAAGCUAGAAGAAGAGUUGCUCGAGAAGGUUCGCUCUCUCAGCAGCGAGCUUGACAAGAUGGCACCAAAUGCUCGAGCCAUGGAGCGUCUGGAGACCGUUGAGAAUAAGCUUCGCAGCACUGAGAAGGACUUUGAGGAUGCUCGCCGACAAGCUCGCAGGGCCAAGGAUGGUUUCGAGGAAGUGAUGAAAAAGCGUUCUGAUCUCUUCAACAAGGCCUUCACACAUAUCUCCGAACAAAUUGGCCCCAUCUACCGUGAGCUGACGCGAAGCACGAACUACCCGCUGGGUGGACAAGCGUACCUGGAUAUUGAGGACUCUGAUGAGCCUUACCUCGACGGUAUCAAGUACCACGCCAUGCCUCCACUGAAGCGAUUCCGCGAUAUGGAGCACCUUUCUGGUGGUGAAAAGACCAUGGCAGCGCUCGCCUUGCUAUUUGCCAUUCACUCUUACCAGCCAUCACCCUUCUUCGUGCUCGACGAAGUCGACGCUGCCCUUGACAACACCAACGUGGCCCGUAUCGCCAACUACAUUCAUGACCACGCCGCCCCUGGCAUGCAGUUCAUUGUCAUCAGUUUGAAGACUGGACUAUUCCAGAACAGCGAGGCUCUUGUCGGCAUCUACCGUGACCAGGUGGAGAACAGUAGCAAAUCCCUGACGCUGGACCUCCGCAAAUAUACCUGA